AGUCCUAUACUUGCUGGCGCACAAAGGUGCGCGCGGGUUACUCUGGUGUUUCUGGGAGAAGGUUAUAGUUCUUUGUGAGGGAGACAGCAGUGAAUAAGUUGUAUUUAUUCUAUUUAACGUACAGUUUAUUUCAAUUUUAAUAUAAACAAUAACUUGUCAAGAUGCACGUGAUUAAGAGAGAUGGACGGCAGGAACGAGUCAUGUUUGAUAAAAUUACUUCCCGCAUCCAGAAGCUCUGUUAUGGGCUCAAUGCAGACUUUGUUGAUCCUACCCAGAUCACCAUGAAGGUAAUCCAGGGGUUGUACAAUGGAGUCACCACAGUGGAGCUGGAUACUCUAGCAGCUGAGACUUCAGCCACUCUGACAACCAAGCACCCAGACUAUGCCAUCCUGGCAGCUAGGAUUGCUGUCUCCAACCUUCACAAGGAAACCAAGAAGGUUUUUAGCGAGGUGAUGGAGGAUCUGUAUAACUACGUCAACCCCUUGAAUGAACGCCACUCUCCCAUGAUUGCCAAGGAGACGUAUGACAUUGUCCUGGCAAACAAGGAUCGCCUUAACUCUGCCAUCAUUUUUGAUAGAGACUUCUCCUACAACUUCUUUGGGUUUAAGACACUGGAGCGUUCCUACCUCUUAAAGAUUGAUGGCAAAGUGGCUGAGAGACCCCAGCACAUGUUGAUGAGGGUGUCUGUUGGGAUCCACAAGAAUGACAUUGAUGCUGCUAUUGAAACCUACAACCUCCUCUCUGAAAAGUGGUUCACCCAUGCCUCCCCCACCCUCUUCAAUGCCGGAACUAACAGACCACAGCUUUCCAGCUGUUUUCUGUUGAGUAUGAAGGAUGACAGCAUCGAAGGGAUCUAUGACACGCUGAAGCAAUGUGCCUUGAUCUCCAAAUCUGCCGGGGGUAUAGGGGUGGCUGUCGGCUGCAUCCGAGCCACUGGAAGCUACAUUGCUGGGACAAAUGGAAACUCUAAUGGUCUGGUUCCCAUGCUGAGGGUUUAUAACAAUACUGCUCGUUACGUGGAUCAGGGAGGCAACAAGAGACCCGGUGCAUUUGCCAUAUACCUGGAGCCCUGGCAUUUUGACAUCUUUGAUUUCUUGGAGCUGAAGAAGAACACAGGAAAAGAUGAGCAGAGAGCCAGAGACCUCUUCUACGGUCUCUGGAUCCCUGAUCUCUUCAUGAAGAGAGUCGAGGACAAUGAGGACUGGUCCCUGAUGUGUCCCAGUGAUUGCCCAGGACUGGAUGAGUGCUGGGGAGAGGAGUUUGAGAAACUCUACACCAGGUAUGAGAAGGAGGGUCGUAUCCGCAAGAAGGUGAAGGCUCAGCAGGUGUGGUAUGCAAUCAUUGAGUCGCAAACGGAGACCGGCACGCCCUACAUGCUUUAUAAAGACGCCUGCAACAGAAAGAGCAACCAGCAGAAUCUGGGAACCAUCAAGUGCAGCAACCUGUGCACUGAGAUUGUAGAAUACACCAGCCAGGAUGAGGUGGCUGUGUGUAACCUGGCCUCCAUAGCUCUCAACAUGUACGUCACGCCUGAACGCACUUUCGACUUCAAAAAACUGGCCUCUGUCACAAAGGUCAUUGUGAGGAACUUGAACAAAAUUAUCGAAAUCAACUUCUACCCUAUCCCUGAGGCUGAAUACUCAAACAAGCGUCAUCGGCCUAUUGGGAUUGGAGUUCAGGGUCUGGCUGACGCCUUCAUUUUGAUGCGCUUCCCCUUCGAGAGUGCGGAGGCUCAGCUCCUCAACAUUCAGAUCUUUGAGACCAUUUACUACGCCGCGCUGGAGGCGAGCUGUGACCUAGCCAAAGAGCUUGGGCCCUAUGACACCUAUGAGGGCUCCCCAGUCAGCAAAGGGAUUCUACAGUAUGACAUGUGGGAGAAAACCCCUACUGACCUCUAUGACUGGAAAGCACUGAAGGAGAAGAUUGCAAAACAUGGUGUACGCAACAGUCUGCUGCUGGCUCCCAUGCCCACAGCCUCCACAGCCCAGAUCCUGGGUAACAAUGAGUCUAUCGAGCCCUACACCAGCAACAUCUACACCCGCAGAGUCCUCUCUGGGGAGUUCCAGAUUGUAAAUCCACACUUACUGAAGGACCUGACAGAACAAGGGCUUUGGAAUGAAGAGAUGAAGAAUCAAAUCAUUUCUCAGAACGGAUCCAUUCAGGCCGUCUCUGAAAUCCCAAAUGACAUCAAGGAGCUCUACAAGACCGUGUGGGAGAUCUCUCAGAAAACCAUCCUCAAGAUGGCGGCUGACAGGGGGGCAUAUAUUGAUCAGAGCCAGUCGCUGAACAUCCACAUUGCAGAGCCAAACUAUGGCAAGCUCACCAGCAUGCACUUCUAUGGCUGGAAACAGGGGUUAAAGACUGGCAUGUACUACCUGAGGACAAAGCCAGCUGCUAACCCAAUCCAGUUCACGUUAAACAAGGAGAAGCUAAAGGAGAGCGAGUCUGUGACGAUUGAUACCAUGGAGAUGAACAAGGCAGCCAUGGUGUGCUCUCUGGAGAACCGAGACGACUGCCUGAUGUGCGGUUCUUAAAUCUCCCCGUUGGCUUGUCCUUACCAGACUGCUCGGAUGUAAAUCAUUUUCAGUGACCUAAACCUUGGAUGUGGGAGAGGGGCACAAUCCUACAAUACUUGCUGCACAUGCUCUAUAUCCACCAUCAACAGAAUUGUGACUAUUGUAUACCCAGUAAGGUGAUUUGGUGACAGGGACAGGUUUUUGUUUUGCAAGAGUAAAUGCAGCUCUUGCUUGAUUUAAGAUGGAUCUAUUGGUUUGCAGUGUUAAUCACAAACACAGUAAAUACAUUUUGCAAAGAUGACUGCCUCCUGCGGUCUUUGCUUAAGAUGUAUGUAUGUAUGCUUGCUUGCUUACUGUACAAUUUUACUUAAAGGGGUAGGCAUAUGGCUGUCCACAUAAAGCACUUGUCUGUUACAGUAUUGUCACAGUUAAAUAAUUAAACAGUAAUUUCAAAAUUUGAGCAUAUUUUGGGGUGACUGAUAAGAACACUGAACUCGUUUGUAUUUCUUUUGUACAUUUUUUUAUAUAUACAUACAUACGUACACACACUUUGAUCUUUUUCACAACGUUACUUGUACUUCUCUAAAGUUACCUAAAUGUUUCGAGGUAAUAAAUAAUGAGUUGGUUUGAUUGCAGGUAUUAGACUGCUGUGCAAAAGUCUUUAGACAUGUAGCAUUUUUCUACUCUGAUGCAUUAUGAGCAUGAACAAUUUAGUUAAAGCCUCCACUAGUGUUUUCUACUAUUAUAGCAACCUUGACUUGCAUAAAGAAGGAAACACAUUGACUGAAAUAGCUUGUAUCAUUUGAUUUUCAAGGUGUAGUAUCCGAAGCAUAAUCAACAAGUACAGAGAAACAUCAUCUGUAAUUGAGAAACCCAGGACUGGAAGACCCAAAAAGCUGUCUGACAAGGAUGAGCAAUACUUGAAGAUAAUACCUUAAGGAAUAUAAAGAAGACAAGCGUUGAAUUGACAACAGAACUGGCAGAAGGCACAGGUGUCGUUGUCCAUCCAUCAACCUUUGACCAUUGUUCCAUAGUUCAAUUUCUGUGUUAUUGUGCAUAUCUUUAGUCUUGUUUCCCUUUCUUAACGGAGGUAUUCUUACUGCAACACAUCCUUUAAGUCCUGAUUUCAAGAGUGACCUUCGUACUGUUCAUGGGUGGACAACGACUUCAAGUAUUGCUCAUCCUUGUUAGACAGCUUUUUGAGUCUUACCAGUCCUGGGUUUGUCAAUUACAGAUGAUGUUUCGCUGUACUUGUUGAUUAUGCUUCGGAUACCACACCUUGAAAAUUGAGUCCUGCAAGCUAUUUCAGUCAAUGUGUUUCCUUCUUUAUAAUGCAUGCAUCAGAGUAGAAAAAUGCAGCAUGUCUAAGAUUUUUGCACAGCAGUGUAUAUAUCUCUAUCUUCACAGAUUAUUACUAAUCUUGGACUACCUAAAGGUACUUUAGAAAAGGUGGUCCAAUAUUAGUGUUAAAUCAUCCGAUUUGUACAUUUCUUAAACUUUUUUUUUUCUCUUUUUCCAAGAAUCUGAAUUGGAUGGUAUACAUUGUGAUUAACAACAAAACUAUAUCCUUACUGUUUUAAGGUCAGUUACCAUCUGAUCCUGAUACAAACUUGUAGUUUCCUAGAAAGCGGACUACAAAUUACAUCUGCAUUUUUAUGUAAUACAGGUUAACGCAAAUAACAAGGUCUCCUAACUGGUUCUAGACUAGUGUUGUUAUAAAGCGGUGUGGGUACAAGGGUACAGUACCUACGGUUUGUUUGUUCGUUUAUUUUAUAGUUCUAGUUACUUAUAAAAUGUUAGCUAACUUGAAAGCUGCAACUGUUUUAAGAGCUGAAAACAAUUCAAAAGGUCUAAUUAAGCUAAUUAUUAGUUCAAUUAAGGGGCUAGUUAAGUAAAUGAGAGUUCAGUUGGAGUGAAAACCAGAAGAUGCAGGGGUCCACAGGACCAGGGUUGGAAACCACUGGUAUAAGAGCAUAAAUGCACAUAUCUGUAGGUUGCACUCUAGUUAAAACAAGGUAUGGGCACAAGGUCAUUUUUUAAACUUCAAUGUAUUGUGAAAUUCCCUCGUCUGUAAUAAAUGAAAAUAUAUAUUUCCUGUCUGUUUGCUGUAUUGUAAUAACUGAGGGAGGGAUGGAAUAAAUGUUUUUGUAUUCCA